AUGAGAAGUGCUGCCGUUGUUCUGCUCACGGCUUGCGCUAUAUUUUGCGCAGUUUACGCACAUCGUCACAGGGGUAUGCCGCCCCCAGCAUUCCUCAGCUCCUUUAAUGAAACAGUUCGCAAGGGAUUCUUCGAUAUUAUUAAGAAACCGAAUCUGACAUUAGAGGAGAAGAAGGCACAGGUCAUGAAUUGGGCAAAGACCUAUGGAUUGGAGGAGCAAGCGAAAAAGCAAAUCGAAAAGAUUGAGGGCAUGAUGAAGAAGCAUCCAGGCCAUAAUGGGACAGAAAUUCGAAUUUAUGACCCUGGCUCCGUUUGCUGA